ACUAAUGAUACUUUAUUAUAACUAAAAAUACUUUAAUUUUAAUUUUUUAAAUCGUUAAUAAAAUGAUUUAUAGCUUCACGUGUAACAUUAUAUUAGACCACAAGUACUGUCCAAAAUGAAAAAACGUCAUAUAAAAUGGAGGGAUUAACAGGAACACGUGGCUGUCUAUAAAAGCGAGUAGAUAACACAAACAUAAACCAGCGACUUGUUGAUUUUUCCAGCCCGACAAAGUCUUUUAGAUCCUCCGAGAAUACCUCAAAGAAGACCACUAAAUUACGCCGCGGGGUGCACACUACGCACCCCAAUCUUCAUCUUCUCCCUCACUAGCCUCACAUCACAGUAGUACUAGUCUCUUUCUCUCUUCCUUUCACUUUCACCUUCAUCUCUAUAAUUAUAAACCCCAAACAUUUUCAACAACCAAAAAACCACACUCACUUUGCACUUCACACUAAUUCUACGUAGUGUUACUUUAUUUAUGGUGAAUUGUUGAAAUGGAUCCACCUAUUAUUAAUGAAUCAUCAUUCUCGGCGGCGAAUCCUUCUUCAUACAGUUUGGCUGAGAUUUGGCCGUUUUCUUCAGCGGCGGCAAAUGGUGAUAUUGGUGGAGGAGGAUUGGGCCUUAGAAUGAGUAGCUUUACUGGUUUAUUAGAAGCUGCUGCCAAUUCUAUUAAUGAAUCUACUGUGACGGAGCAGAGCGGAAGAAGCGGCGGUGAUGGUGGUGUGAGGAAGAGAGAUGUGAAUUCGGAGGAUGAUUUUUCUAAGUUUGUCUCUACUAGUGAUGCUAAUGAAUUGGAUGGUUCAGUGGCCAAACGGCUGAAAGCAUCCCAAUCGAAAGAAGAAAAUGGUGCUUCAAAGGUUGAAUUAGAAUCCAGUUCCCAGACGGCUAACAAGGGUACUGAACAAAGUAGUAAACCUGAGCCACCUAAGGAUUACAUCCAUGUAAGGGCACGAAGGGGCCAAGCUACUGAUAGUCACAGUCUAGCAGAGAGGGCCAGGAGAGAAAAGAUCAGCGAGAGGAUGAAAAUUCUGCAGGAUUUGGUUCCCGGAUGUAAUAAGGUUAUUGGAAAAGCGCUUGUUCUUGACGAAAUAAUAAAUUAUAUCCAGUCGCUACAGCGCCAAGUUGAG